CCACAUCGCACGUCCUGGAAAUUUUUUGCAUCUCGUCGCUCGCCGUCGUGCAUUCCACAAUUUCGUCCAACGCUUCAUUACCAGCUGCUGUUCUCUGUACUAACAGGGGAUACAUGCUUCGACCUCCAAUCUGUAUAUCGAGACACAAACGACCGUUGCAUUCCAAAACACUUAGUAUUCGUUAAACAUCGCCCAACAUGGCUGCCGGUGUUGUAAAUAUUCGUCGUGAUGUCGACGACAAGUUCUACCGCUACCGUAUGCCCGUCCUCUUGACCAAGAUUGAAGGCAAGGGCAACGGUAUCAAGACCGUCAUCCCCAACAUGUCAGACGUCGCUCGGGCGCUGAGCCGACCGCCUACUUAUCCUACCAAGUACUUUGGUUGCGAACUCGGUGCUCAGACAACCUUCGACGAGAAGAACGAUCGCUACAUUGUCAAUGGUGCUCAUGAUGCGGCUAAGCUGCGCGAGCUUCUCGACGGCUUCAUCGAAAAGUUUGUGCUUUGCAAGGCGUGCAAGAAUCCCGAGACGGAUCUCAUCAUCACUAAGAACGACGUGAUCGUCCGCGAUUGCAAGGCGUGUGGCGAACGUACGGGCGUCGACAUGCGUCAUAAACUCACCACCUUCAUCAUCAAGAACCCGCCGAAGAAUCCGAAGAAGACCAAGGCGAAGAAGGCCUCUGCCGAUGGCAGCCCCAGCCCUGGCGCUAACGGUCACGAGAAUGGGAAUGGCGAUGCUCAUGCCGACGCUGACGCCGAAAGCGACGAUGAACUUACCAGGCGCAUCAAGGCAGAAGCGGCGGAGCUCAACCCGGAUGCUGUCGCUAUUACCAAGGAAGACUGGUCCGUUGACACCUCGGCCGAAGCUGUGAAGGCCCGUGUUAAGGCCGUUGAGUCCAGCAUGGCGGCUGUUGCGCUUGCAGGUGGGGAUGACGAUAGUGAUGAAGGCGUCGAUAGUCCCUAUUCUCAGCUUGGGCGUUGGGUUCAGGAGAACAGGGACAGCGGCCCUGUUGAGAUAUACAAAAAGGCUGACGAGCUCGGCAUCGCAAAGAAGCACAAAUCUGUACAAGUGCUUAUGCAAGUACUGUUCACUGCCGAUAUACUUGCCGAGAUUCCUCAGUAUGCGCCUCUCUUCAAGAAGAUGGUCACCUCCGAGAAACAUCAGAAAUCUUUGCUCGGAGGCAUGGAGCGCCUCGUGGGCGUAACUCACCCCGACCUCAUCGCUGCGGUGCCGAAAAUCCUCAUGGAGUUUUAUCAGGCAGACAUUCUCGAGGAGGAUGUUGUGAAGCAGUGGGGCACACACGUCAGCAAGAAGUACGUCGACAGGGACACGAGCAAGAAGGUUCGCAAAGCCAGCGAGCCCUUCUUGAAGUGGCUUGAUGAAGCCGACGACAGCGAUGAGGACGACGAUUAGUUUGGUCGGACCAUUAUCUGUACAUUCAUGUUGCAUGCCCUACUCCACGUCGUGAACCCAGCUCCGCUCUGUAUCGUUCUGUAUAUUGGAUAUUGAUAAUGGUAUGACUGUUGUACGUUUGUUGUAGAGGUGUGUAGCUUGUCAUCGCACAACGAGGACACCAAUGCGUCAUCACUUUGCUUCUAAAA